UACCAUCGACUGUGUAAAUAUGGACGUGGCGAAAGUUUUGUGGAUUUUGAGCUUCUUCUGCCUUGGGUUUUGUCAAUUUGUGACAAUGGAAAAUGAUCAUGGGAAAAACUCCGGUCGUGAUGACAAACAUGUCGGCGCCUCUACGGGGAACGAUGACAAAUCGAGUUUGGAACUUGUGUCAAAAGAAAUGGACGUCAUCAAAGGAAACACUGGGCUUGGGAUAAAUGAUGAUUUGACAUUACAAAAACGUAACAACGGAAUAUGGAAGAACCAACGUUCGCAGCUUGAACAACUGGCCAAUUCAGCUACAAUCGCUCACACUUUGUCAAGGAGAUUUUCUGAUGAAGAUCAUGGAAGUUUAGGUGACGGUUAUGGCGUCUCCGAUGCUGCGGCGUAUUUGGAUUUCUUGCAACGAUUUGGUAUUUCAACCGAAGAAGCUUUAAACAACGAAGAUAAAUAUGGCGACGUUGACAAAAGGCAUGCGUCUAGAUGGAACAUUAUUCAUCAAAAACUUGCAUCUCUGUCUAGCAAGCGCUCUGCUGAGCUUGAUAAAAGAUCGGACAGUAGGUGGCGUCUUAUUCAGAGUAAGCUUAACCAAUUGAAUGGAAUCACAAAUAAGCGAUCAACCAAUGAUUUGGGCAUUUUUCGCGACAAUGACGAAGCCAAAGACAAACGACAUCUUGGCCACUGGAAAAACAGAAACUGGCUUAACAAGCAAUAUUCAACGAACAAUUAAUUGUCAUUUGAACAAACAAAACGAGUUUUAUUUCAAAUCUCUAAAUAGUUUAAUGUAUGUUUAUAAACCAAUAGUGAUUUAAUAGUUUAUGUUGUUUCCAAAAA